AAGAGCUCCUGGAUGACGUUGGACAGACGUCGGGGCAGCUUCAAGUGUCCCGGUUUAGUGCUUCUCCCGUGUAUGGUCCGGAUUACAACCUUACGGUGGUGUUCCCGCUAUUUGGCCUUGCAGGCGCAGCUUUUGGUGGUGGUCAUCUGUCCGUUUGGAACCAAUCUUUUCCAACACCAGCCGAAAAAUGGAUAUGGCGGAUCGCGGGUAUCGUUGCCGCAGCAACACCUCUAGCAUUCGGUGUUAUGUCUUUAAUGAGCCAAAUGACAAGUAAAGAUAAGAAAGCUAAGGGAGACGAGAGACGAAAGACGGGCGGAGGACAGGAGACGGGCGGAGGACAGGAGACGGGCGAAGGACAGAAGACGGGCGGGGGACAGAAGAUGGGCGAAGGACAGAAGACGGGAAUUUUCGUGAAGGUCAUGGAUAUUGCCACAGUUGUGGUUAUGGCCAUUCUUGUUCCCUUAUAUACGUUGGCACGGUUGAUGAUGAUCUUGCUUAUGUUCACGACGCUCCGUGAUCUCCCUAUCAAAGUAUUGAAGGACUUGUGAUCCAUAGUACUGUAUCCAGUUGUUAGGUACCACGAUGGAGAGGAUGAUCAUUGGCAUCAGGACUUUCACGUUCUUAUACCCGAAAAUGAC